AUGCAGUUCUUCACAACCGUCAUCUCGCUCUUCGCAGCAGCUGCCACUGCCUUCCCUACCAAGCCUAGCUUCUCCACUCAGCCUAUCUCCCGUGACGCUGGCAAUCUGACAUUGCUACUCAGGNUCUACAUCUGCACCGGUCCCAACUACACAGAUCAUUGCGAGUAUCUGAAGCAACCCUUGGACACCUGCGUCAUUCUGCCCGAGAGUCUCAGCAAGAAAGUGUCUUCAUUCGGACCUGACGCUGGCUCAACUUGCUUGUUGAUGCAGGGUUCAUGCAACGAUGCCAUGCCUUACCGACACGCUUCUUACCCCGGUGUCUCAGACCUGCGCAACGUUACAUUCGAUGACAUGGCAACAAGCUUCAUCUGUCUGCACCACUAA